GCUCCCUACCCCGCCCUUAGUGCACCCUUCCCAGAGUCCAGUUGGGCUGUUACCCUUUCUGUGACCCAGGCACUUGUACCUGAACGGCUCAGGAGCCCGUGUGCUUCCGAAUCUGACACAGGCUUGGAGGAGGGUGUGGCCUCUGCUAGGAGGCAAAAUCGGAAAGAGCUUAGUUUGGACUCCGGGUACUCGUGCCUCAGCCUUGAUCGAGCUGGUGGUCCUCAGUUUUCCCAUCAGUACACUGAGGAGGCUGGGGUCUAGUCCCCAUCAUCAUCAUCAUCAGGGAUGAUGAUGCAGAAAAGGGAACUGAGGCCCAGGCAGGGGAAGCAGAUGGCCCCAGAUUGCUAAGCUCGCGCCAUGGCGUCCCAGAGUCGUCGGCGGAGGCCGCUGCGGAGGCCUGAGAAGGUGGUGCCGGGGGAGGCGGCCGAGACGGACUCGGAGCUCUCUGUGUCCUCGUCGGAGGAGGAGGAACUGUACCUGGUCCUCUCGGGCCCGACGCGCGGCCGCCCCACGGGACUGCGGGUGGUCGGGGAGGCCGCGGAGACCGACUCGGACUCGGAGCCGGAGCCGAAGGCCGCGCCGAGGGAUCUGCCUCCGCUCGUGGUGCAGCGGGAGACUGCCGGGGAGGCCUGGGGAGAGGAGGAGGCCCCGGCGCCCGCCCCCGCGCGUUCGCUGCUGCAGCUCCGGCUGGCUGAGAGCCAGGCGCGGCUGGACCACGACGUAGCGGCCGCGGUGAGCGGCGUGUACCGCCGCGCGGGCCGUGAUGUGGCCGCCCUGGCCGGUAGGCUGGCGGCUGCCCAGGCGGCGGGAUUGGCGGCGGCCCACAGCGUGCGCCUGGCGCGGGGGGACCUCUGCGCGCUGGCCGAGCGCCUGGACAUCGUGGCCGGCUGCCGCCUGCUGCCCGACAUCCGCGGCGUGCCGGGCACCGAGCCCGAACAAGACCCGGGACCGCGAGCCUAUCUGUGACCCACUCUCCCGCCUGACUGAGCCCUGGGGGUAGGCCUUGCGGCCUCUGGGACCUGGCUCUGUGCCCUGUUUAGCCACCCACCCAUCUUACUGUCACCCUCAGAGAUAACCCCGCCCCCUGGAUAAUGCUCUGUGUGGGGGGGGAGGGAGGGGGGAGGAUGGGGGGUUAAUGCUGUGCAGCCCUGCCAGGCCCUAGCAUCUGGUUCCUCCCCCGGCCCUGGCGCUUGCUCCCUGGUUCAGAGCUUGUGUGUGUCUGAAGCUUGGCUCAAACUCCUGGGUAACUAGCCACUCCUUAAUCUGUCUCCAUCUUAGCGGUUCACAGAGCCGCAGCUCUCCUUUCUGUCUGCCUUCCUCAGUUUGGUUUCUGUUCACAGGGGCUGGUCCUGCUUCUAGCGCAGAUUCCCUGAUGUCUCUGGCCCUAGUCCCACUUCUGGAAUUCUGCCCUCUAAUCUGGACCCUUUUUCUGCUCCUCAGGCUUGGCUCUGAUUCCAUCUCCUCCUUCUAGUCCUUGCCCUUCCGCCUCCUGGCUGCUUCUCCUUGGGCUUAGCUCCACCCCCUUGGCCUGAUCUUGUUUCCUGGGUCCAGCUGUACCCUUAGGUUUGGUUCUGCUUCUUUUUGCUUCUCCCAUCCUGUUUAAACUACGUACUUAAUUAUGGGCUCCAGGGACCCCCUAUGGUUUU